AUUAGUGGCUCUGGUUUGUCCCGGUUCUUCGUCUUUUUGGAUCAGUGGGUGUUUUGUUCCUGGACCAGCUGUGCUCUGUUGGCUCUGCUGCCUGACCUCGUUGCUGAUGUGUGUUCAGCUCCUCUGUGACCAGGCGUCGGUGAAGACGUCCGACAGACACAUGAAGAUGACUCUGUAAGUACGUACAACCACGGUUUGGGUUCGCUUACAGGAUUUUGACAUCCUUGUUCCUGACAGGUUCUACUUUAGUUUGGUACCAUUGUGCUUUAACUUGUGGCUUUGUGACACCUGUGUGGUGACAUCUGGCCUUCUGACAGCGCUGUGCUGUAGCUGACUGAUUUCUGACACGUUUUUCGGUAAAGCUGAAGGUCUUUGACGGUGUUGUGCUGCAAUCUUCUAUUUUUUGCACUAAUAUCGAGGUUUUCUCUUUGUGUCACACUUCGGCUCAGCCGGCUGCGCUGACAGCCUCCUCCCUACUCGUGGUUUUUAACAGGAUGUUUUCAGCACCUCUGUGACCAGCUUCAGCUCCAUCCAACAGACACGAUGAGGACGAUUCUGCUUCUGCUCUUGUUGAUGAGAUGCUGCCGGACGGCGACAGACGCUCGCGCCUCCGUGGUGGUGGAACCCAACCAGGCCCAGUUCUUUGAGUACCAGCAUUUCUCUCUGAGCUGUGAGCAGUUCGGCGCUGGUGGGUGGACGGUUUGGAGAUACACGACCAAAGGGUUGGUGCUGUCUCAGUGUGGCUCAGCCUGGGGCAGCCAGAAGUCUUCCACCUGCCACAUGGACGCUGUCAAGGCGUCCAACACUGGAGUCUACUGGUGUCAGUCUAAAUACAGAGACAGCAGCGACGGCGUCAACAUCACCAUCACUGAUAAAUCGGUGAUCCUGCAGAGUCCCGCCAUGCCGGUGACGGAGGGAGGAAACAUCACUCUGCGCUGCAUGACCAAGGAAAGGUCCGACCUGCAGGCUCAGUUCUAUCAGAACGGUGCCGUCAUUGGGUCCGGACCUGCGGGUCACAUGACCAUCCACCACGUUUCCAAGAACCAUGAAGGCGCCUACAAGUGUAGCAUCAAAGACCGUGGGGAGUCUCCACUGAGCUGGCUGCUGGUGGAAGAUGGUUCUGACUCGGCGUCCCUCACAGUGUCUCCGGACUCGUCCCAGAUGUUCGAGUAUCAGCACUUGUCUCUGAACUGUGGUGAGAAAAGCAGCUUCCAUGGAUGGACAGUCCACCGGUCCAAGACCUCGGUCAGCAACAUAAGCAGGUGUGGCGACUGGGGGGAUGUCAGCGCGUCGGGCUGCAGCCUCCCCACAACCAAGCAGAAAGACAGCGGCCUCUACUGGUGCGAGUCUCCUGCGAGGCGGCGGAGCAACUUGGUCAACCUCACGGUGCACGAUAAAUCGGUGAUCCUUGAGAGUCCCGUCCUCCCUGUGAUGAAGGGAGACAACGUGACUCUGCGCUGUCGGUCCCGGCACCCCACCAGCCUCCCAGCUGCUUUCUAUAAAGACGGCGCCCCCAUCAGGACCGAGCCUGCAGGUCACAUCACCCUCUACAGCGUCUCAAAGUCCGAUGAAGGCCUCUACAAGUGUCACAUCGGCAGUCUUGGCGAGUCUCCGUCCAGCCGGCUGUUGGUCAGAGGUCCAGAUGAAGCGGCUCCAGCGCCGGAGGCCCUGAGCGUUCUGAGGGUGAUCUGCUACAUGGUGGUGUGCUGUCCAUACGUCAUCUCCACCGUCCUCAUGGUGUCUCUGUACCGACGCAGGCCCUCAGAAUCUGAUGCCGCCCGAAGGAGAAACCUGCCUGUUUCCAUGGCGACGUCCUCACCCGGCGAGGAGGAUGAAGCACCGAGCGAGCAGUACGAUGAUGUCAUCGCUGCUGUCACCACCGAGCAUCACUUCUGAAGCAGCCUUUGACUCAGUCUGUGUUCUUCAGUCAAUAAAAUAGUUGUUUUUUAUGUCAAA